UCUAUAAGUUGUCGAUAGGCGGGCCCUCCGCCCUAGUUUCUAAGGAUCAUGUCUGCGAGUCAGGAUUCCCGGACUGAGCCUAACCCCGAGGAGCGGCCGCGUGAGGCACCAGGAGCCCACCCGGCGCCCGGCGGGCGGGUCCAUUUUGCCGCACAAGCCGGGCAAUUGGCAAACUGCGGAUGGGCAGGUCCACUUUCCUUCGGGGGUGAGCGGCCUGAGAUCCAGAGACAAUGGCCCCGAUGGGAUGGAGCCCGAAGGCGUCAUCGAGAGUAACUGGAAUGAGAUUGUUGACAGCUUUGAUGACAUGAACCUCUCGGAGUCCCUUCUCCGUGGCAUCUACGCCUAUGGUUUUGAGAAGCCCUCUGCCAUCCAGCAGCGAGCCAUUCUUCCUUGUAUCAAGGGUUAUGAUGUGAUCGCUCAAGCCCAAUCUGGGACAGGCAAAACAGCCACUUUUGCCAUAUCGAUUCUGCAACAGAUUGAAUUGGAUCUAAAGGCCACUCAGGCCUUAGUCCUGGCACCGACUAGAGAGUUGGCCCAGCAGAUACAAAAGGUAGUUAUGGCAUUAGGAGAUUACAUGGGUGCGUCCUGCCAUGCCUGCAUUGGAGGUACCAACGUGCGUGCUGAGGUGCAGAAGCUGCAGAUGGAAGCUCCCCAUAUCAUCGUGGGUACCCCAGGACGUGUGUUUGAUAUGCUUAACCGGAGAUACCUGUCUCCCAAAUACAUCAAGAUGUUUGUACUGGACGAAGCUGAUGAAAUGUUAAGCCGUGGAUUCAAGGACCAGAUCUACGACAUAUUCCAAAAGCUCAACAGCAACACCCAGGUGGUUUUGCUGUCGGCAACAAUGCCUUCUGAUGUGCUUGAGGUGACCAAGAAGUUCAUGCGGGACCCCAUUCGGAUUCUUGUUAAGAAGGAAGAGUUGACCCUGGAGGGUAUCCGCCAAUUCUACAUCAAUGUGGAACGAGAGGAGUGGAAGCUGGACACGCUGUGUGACUUGUAUGAAACCCUGACCAUCACCCAGGCAGUCAUCUUCAUCAACACCCGAAGGAAGGUCGAUUGGCUCACUGAGAAGAUGCAUGCCCGAGACUUCACUGUCUCUGCCAUGCAUGGAGAUAUGGACCAAAAGGAACGAGAUGUAAUCAUGAGAGAGUUCCGCUCAGGCUCUAGCAGAGUAUUAAUUACCACUGACCUGCUGGCCAGAGGCAUUGAUGUGCAGCAGGUUUCUUUAGUCAUCAACUAUGAUCUUCCCACCAACAGGGAAAACUAUAUCCACAGAAUUGGUCGUGGUGGACGUUUUGGCCGUAAGGGUGUGGCUAUUAACAUGGUAACAGAAGAAGACAAGAGGACUCUUCGAGACAUCGAGACCUUCUACAACACCUCCAUUGAGGAGAUGCCCCUCAAUGUUGCCGACCUCAUCUGAGAGGGGCUGUGCUGCUACCUAGCCCCAGCCAGGGUUCAAUCCUUGGGGGGCUGAGGAGGAGCAGAAGGGGGGAGGGAAGGGAGCCAGGGGAUGGACAUCUUGUCAUUUUUUUUUUUCUUUUUUUUUUUUUUUUCUUUGAAUAAAUGUCACUUUUUGAGGCAAAAGAAGGAACCGUGAACAUUUUAGAUACCCUUUUCUUUGGGGUAGGCUCUUGCCCCAGGCGUCGUCUCUUCUCCCAAAAAACACUAAUCCAUUUCCCUAACCUAGUCAACCUCCAAAUCCCAGAGGCUCUCCCCACCCCAGCUGAAUUCCUCUGAAAACAAUUCAAGGGGCUAUAAUGUCACUCAACCUCAUUUGCUGGACCAAAUCUGGAGGGAGAACCCCUGAGUUAGGUGGCCCAGGGGAUUGUCCCAGGUUGGGGGAGCAGGGGAGAGAAAAUGGUAGCCAUUUUUACAUUGUUUUGUAUAGUAUUUAUUGAUUCAGGAAACAAACACAAAAUUCUGAAUAAAAUAACUUGGAAACUGCC